CUGUUUGGCCAUAGUCAUGAAGGAAAUCUUAUUUGGGAGGAAGAAUUUGUGAGCAGACCUCUUUCCCCCCAUGUUUCCUAACUGACUAGUGCUGGCUUCUUUUCCCAAGCAAAGUCAAUGCCCACAUGGAUAAUACAGCUGUUAUGAUGUCGUUGAGAAUCUUACUGUCACUAUGACGACUAGGACUUACCUAAGGUUUAUUUCAGCCUCCACCCAUGUAGAGGAUCAUACAUUGGAUCUGAAAUGAGGAGUUCACUUUAGUUUUCUGUUCAGGAGCCUUUUUAGUUGAGCUUUUUAAAAAGAUGUUUUUGAUGAGAUCAGAUCUUACUAAAUUCUACAGAGAAGCCUUGGUCUAUUUGCUUACUAUCAUCAACCAUGAUUUUUCCUCUAGACCUUGACUUCUAUUAUGGGCCAUUUCUAUCCCAGAUGUACCUGACUACCAAAAACAAAAGCAAAUGGACAGUGAAACAACCCUGGAACAGCAAGAAUUUUAGUAUGGUUCUGUAAUUCCAGUAAUAAGAUACUUUGGAAAAUAACUUCUGAAUUUAUUCCAAGUUCAUUUGUCUUGGUUAACUUGACAUUUCUACAUUCAAAAUGGAGUUUCCACUUUCUGGGGAGGUUUUAAUGAAAAAAUUAUAUUCAGAGUGGAUAAAUCAUCUUAAUGAAGAUCAAGUUAUGAUGGGAGAACAUGAAUUCAACAAGCUCUGUUCAUAGACAUUCCAGCAGAUGGAAUCAUCAACUUGCAAGUAAUAAUAACACUGAAAAAAUAGAUUUUCAACAUGCUCAUGGAUUACAAGAACUGGAGUUUAUUCGAGACCAUAGUAACACAGAAGCAGCAAGAUUAUGUGUGGACCAAUGGCUAAAAAUGCCAGGACUCAAAACAGGCACAAUUAAUUCUGGAAGAAGAGGUCCAAUUCGAAAAACAGGCCAAAUGCCGAUGUCCAACAAACCUAUUUCAUGCCCCAUAAUGUACUGUAACAAGGAAUUUGACAAUGGGCACCUUCUCUUAGGUCAUUUGAAAAGGUUUGAUCAUUCUCCAUGUGAUCCAACAAUUACACUGCAUGGACCUCUCACCAAUUCCUUUGCAUGUGUAAUAUGUUAUAAAAAAUUUGCUACCCAACAGCAAUAUAGUGAUCACCUUUUUGCUAAGGCAGCUGCAGCUGAUGGACAUAAAACCAAUCUUCUUCCCCAGCUUAUUCAGUGCUUUGCAUGUCCAAAUUGCUUCCUUCUUUUUAGCAGCAAGGAUGAAUGUUUGAGGCAUAUGUCUGGAAAAAAUCAUUUCCUUCAGAGUUUUAAACUGGGUGAUGACAAAGAAAUAUGUCCUAUACCAUUUCCAUCUUUUGCAAAGAAACUUUUGAUAUCUCUCUGUAAAGAAGUUCCCUUUCAAGUGAAAUGCAUGGCCUGCCACAAAACAUUACGUUCUCACAUGGAGCUCACAGCCCAUUUCAGAGUCCAUUGUCGAAAUGCUGGUCCUGUAGCGGUAGCUGAGAAGAGUAUCUCCCAGGUUGCAGAGAGAUUCAAAGCAAGAGGUUAUUGUCCAAAUUGCAAUGAACUCUUUGUGGAUGAGAGCAGUACCAAUAAUCACAAGCAGAAUUUGGGACAUAAAGUUCGAAUCAUUGCCUCAAUGGAAGAAUCCAUCUUGAUGUAUUGUCACAUCAAUGGAGGCAAUAGACCUCCCUCUGAUUUACGCCUCUUGCUUGAGCAUUCAAAAUUUUCAUCACUUAAAAGGACACUAUCCAAUAAAGAUUCAAGGUCACAGGCAUGUAGCACUACUCCAAAGAGGAAGAAAAAUUUGGAGGAUCAAACUAGUGAAGGUGUAGUACAUACAAAACAAAAUAAGUGGGUCUGGUUUUGUGAAUGCCAGCAAAAGUUCCUAAGUGAAGAUGCAGCAGAAAAGCAUGUGUUCUCAGCUAAUACAAUGUGCCAUAAAUGUGUAGUCUGUGGGAAGGUGUCUGAAGAUGCAGGUGUUAUGCGUUUGCACAUGAGCCGGUUUCAUGGAGGGGCACAUUUAAAUAACUUUCUUUUCUGGUGUCGAACAUGCAAAAAGGAGUUACGGAGAAAAGAAACUAUUAUGGCUCAUGUGACUGAAUAUCAUCGUGGACACACUUAUUUUUAUGAGCAAGAUGCUGGAGAAGAAGAACCUUUGCCAUCCUCUUCUAAGACAUUGAUGAAUAGUCCUGUUAACAGGAGGGGUCUUUCAACUAUUAUGCCUGUUCUUCAGUCCCCUCCAAAAAGUCCUCCAAAAAGUCCUCCCCGAGGGAAAUGGCAGUGCCGAAUUUGUGAAGAUAUGUUUGAUUCUGAGGAAAGUGUUAAACUGCACUGUAUGUGUUUAACAAGUCAUCAGUUUCAUAGAUACAGCUGUGACCAUUGCAAAAAGUCCUUUCACAAGAUAGAGACCUUAUAUCGACACUGUCAAGACCAACAUGACAAUGACAUAAAAAUUAAAUAUUUUUGUGGGCUAUGUGAUCUGACUUUUGAUGUGGAGGAAGCAUUUUUGAGUCACUAUAAAGAUGUCCACAGCAUAGACUAUGUGUUUGUCUCAGAAAAGCCUGAAACUUCUAUUAAAAAUGAGGAUGAUUUCCCAGUAUUGGAGAAAAGUAGCUUGUUAACAUGUGGCUGCCGGGAGAGUUACAUCUGCAAAACAAACAGGAAGGAAGAUCACAGUAGAUGUCUACAGAUCUUGCUUGACAAAGGUAAUCUGUGGUUUCGCUGCUGUUGGUGCUCAGCAACAGCACAGAAUUUAACAGACAUGAAUGCCCAUGUUCUUAAACGACACAAGGGAGAGAAAGAGCAUAAAGAAGAGCAGUACUUUGUGAAGUGUGCCGUCUGCAGCAAAAAUUUUCACGAUGCUGAGAGUGCUCAGCAACAUUUUCACACAAAACAUUGCUUCUUACAAAAACCCAACAUAGCUCAUUUUGGACCAGAAAAAUUAAGCCCAUUCAAGUUUACUGCCAGUGGUGCACGUGUAGACAGAAAACUGAAACAUCCCAUAAGCUAUCCAAAAAAUUCAGAAUCUCCUUCAAAUAGACUACUAAGCAUGGAUUCAGGAGCUAAGAAUGACAUAGGCUGUCAGAAGAUAGAUGAAGGAGAUGUUGAGCUACCAGAUUUGGACUACUUGCGAACCAUGACUCAUAUAGUCUUUGUGGAUUUUGAUAACUGGUCAAACUUUUUUGGUCAUCUACCAGGAUUCCUUAAUCAAGGAACCUUUGUCUGGGGCUUUCAAGGAGGAAACACCAACUGGAAGCCUCCAGUCAAUUGCAAGAUCUUUAAUUACCUCAACAGGAUUGGAUGCUUCUUCCUUCAUCCACGCUGCAGUAAGAGAAAAGAUGCUGCGGACUUUGCCAUCUGUAUGCACGCUGGCCGUCUAGAUGAACAGCUACCUAAGCAAAUUCCUUUCACUAUUCUCUCAGGAGAUCAAGGUUUUCUGGAGCUACAGAAUCAAUUUAAGAAGACUCAGAGGCCAGCCCACAUCCUAAACCCUCAUCACUUAGAGGGGGAUAUGAUGUGUGCCUUAUUAAAUAGUAUUUCUGAUACAACCAAAGACAGUGACAGUAGUGAAAAUGAUCGAACAAGAGCAAGCAGAAAUACUAUUCAAGAAGAGGAAAUCAAGUCCAGAGAAGUUCUCUUUAGCUGUGAAAUACAGAAUCAAAUGGCCAGAUGUGGAAUUGCAGGAAGUUCUCAGAAGGAGUCUGGAGGAGGUAUAAUUGAAGAGUCUCCUACACAAUAACAGCUGUCAUUGAAGGUGCUCACAGUAGUAGAAUCUUGAGUUCUACUUGAGUCAAAAUCCUUACUAGCAAACAUUUGAAAACAUACUUAUGCAUUUAUUUGUUAGACUUAAAAGCUAAUGUUGUUUAUUUUAUGUUGUACUAAUGUGGAUUUAUAAAAUGUACAGAAGGAAGAGAAUAAAUGCUUAAUAUAAACUUGAAUUGCUAUGUUCUAAGACAGUUGCUAUAAUCUCUCAAUUAGCCAUAUGACUACAUAUAGUUAAAAUAAGCUCUUCAGUAUGGUUUUGUAUUCUCCUUAUUAAUCUUUUUUUGACUUUUCAUGGAUCUCAUUUUGGCUCUUUGUUUUUUUACAGACAUAAAUUACUCCAAUCUAAUUUUCCUAAAGUCCUAGUUAGCAUUGAGAGUGUGAUCUCUUAAUAUCUUUAUGAUGUCUUUUUAAAAUGUUCUUUAUAGUUGGAGAGAUAAUAAAAUCAUAUUACUUGCUUUAUCCCUUGUGUUGCACACAAAUUUACAUCCAUGACUUCAGAUCACAUGUUGAUAAAUAAAAAAAUGCAACUUUAUCUUUUCUAAGGAAAUAAAAUGGAAAAGGUAUAUUUUCAUUUAUUUUACAAAGAAUGCAAUAAUACAUUUAUGCUCUUGUUUGAAAAGGGUAUUGUUUAGUACUUGAAUAGAAUUAAAUUCCAAAUAGUUUUGAGUUAUUUUUAUAAAAUUUCUUAGAAGUAACCUUUUUUUCAACAAGUUCCCAUUAAAAGCUUUUUUUUUCCUGCAGUAUUCCAUAUGCUUCGUGCUUGACAUUUAUAUGAAAGUCUUUUUCAUUUUAGGUUAAUAGAAUUAUCUAUCAAUAUUCUCACUAUAAUAUUAGGCAUUUAAUUUUUAAGGUUCUGAGACCCUUCUGUGCAUAUUGGAAAUUCAGUGGAAGGAUAUGCCUUUGUAUUUUUACAUGGCUGAUGAAAUUUGACUAAAAAUGAAAUUCAGCCCUAUAUAUUUUUUUAAUAUUACUGCCUUAAAAAAACAUUAAAGUUGUUUCUACAAAUUUAAUACUCUCGACAAUAAGAGACAUAUACACAAGAAAUUAAAUAUAGAAUAAUGCAAGAGAUGUCAUGUGGCAUUAUAAAAAUGUCAUAUGAGUGGCACAAAAUCUAAAAUGCUAUUAAUUCAAUGGGAGAGAGUAGUAUGAAUGAACCUGGUCAUAGAGCAUGGUAAUUGACCCAAGCUUUAAGUAUAUGUGUGAAUAGCUAUGGUGAACUAGUUGGAAGAAGUCAUUGGAAGACGUUUACAUAUGGAAAGCUAUGCAACCCAAGGUCAUAAAGGGAGAAAUGAGCCUACUAUUGUAGUGCUAUCCCUCUGUCUGCAUUUUAUAGAUUACACUUAUAAAGAUAACUUUGGUCUAAAUUUUUAUAUAUUUAGCAUUCCAUAGAAGUAUAAUCAGUGAAGGAUUAUUUUGAUGGGAUGUAAAGCAGUUUAUGCAAGUCUCUUAUUUUAGAUAUUCAUUGGUAGAGUUACCUUUUUCUCCCAUAUUUUAACAGGUAAUUGUCACUUGAUCAAUCUACUGCUUACUCAUUAAAAUUCAUGUUUUAAAUUAUUUCAUAUGAAGUAUUGUAAGGAUUGAAUUCAUCUGGGUACAAGAAAAGGAAUAUGAUCCUGUGGAUAAUCCUAAGAAUUAGGAAACUUCCUCCCCAUGUUCUAUAACUUAAAGACUUGUCAUUUAUCAGGCUGGUUAAUGCCAUCUUUUUUACUGUUCAUUCAUUCAUUCAUUCAUUCAUUCAUUCAUUCGUUCGUUCAUUCAUUCAUUCAUUCAUUGCUUGUUAAUUCAUGAAUGUCAUUAAUAAUUCUAUUCAAUGGCACUGAAAAUGGUUUUAAAUCUUAAGUGGAAAUGACUGUUCUAAAAUUUAGCUAUAGCUUUCAUGUCAGAAAUGUAUUCUUAACCUUUUUUGUGAGUUAGUAUAUAGUGGAUACCAUUUAGAACCUGAGAAAAUACUUACAGAUUUAAAUAUUUAAUAGUUCCAUUCACUAAUAUAUAUAUGUAACACAAAUUAAUCUCUGAGGAUUAAAGGUUUUGUUUACCUAUGAUUUGCUAUAUCAUAAGCAGGCUUUACAUUUUUGCUAAAUAAAGGCUUAAUAAAUUAAAAA